AUGACGAAAAGGAAGGCCAAGAAGAAACCCACGGCGACACCGGAACCGGAUUCACCGCAAGACGCUUCAGGAUCUUUUCAACCAGAUCUACGUCUCCCGCCACGAUUAUUUGCGACAGAUCGAUUCCCAACAAAGCGUCUUAACAUCUACUCCUCACCGGAGAUCCUCCCCUUCCUUCGUCAUGUUCUUAGAGACACCAAGGAGUUCCAAAUAAUUCGAGAGUCUUGUUUCGGAAAGCUUUUCGACAUACCAGCCCGUCAAUGUCCAGUAUCUGCUAAGCUAAUUCACUCGUUUCUCACUCGCCAGCUUAUCUGUCUACCCAAAAAUACGCUUUGGUCUGUUUUUGGUGGGAACCCUCUCCGCUAUGGUCUUCAAGAGUUUGGGACUGUAACUGGUCUGAAUUGCUCCUCUUUCCCUGAAGGAUAUCACCCCGACACCGCAAAGUCAGUUGUUGCGGGAAAAGACGAAGUCUGGAAGAGACUGUUUGGGAAGAAGACGAUGGUAACGAUUGCCGAACUUUGUCUGAUGCUUGAAGAGGAUAAGAAGAUGGAUCAUUGGAAGAAGAUACAUAUAGCUUUAUUCAUCAUUGUCGACGGUGUUCUCAUUGCUCACAAACAACCAGCACGCACCACUCCUCGAUAUGUCAAGAUGCUUAAAAAUCUCAAAACUUUCUUUGCCUUUCGUUGGGGCAGAAAAUCAUUCGUGAAGACCAUCUCAUGCAUGAAACCACCCAAACCGUCUCUCAAAAACAGCAACGAUCCUGUUUCUUGGCUUGUUCGAAAGCUCAAACAAGACUCUUUCAGACUUCAAGGCUUCCCUUUGACAUUUCAAUUGGUGGCAUUUCGCGCCAUCCCCCAGCUAUUAUCUUUCAUUCCUGCUCAACCCGACCAGCGCACACUCAUGGACUUAGAAGAUGGUUAUCUACCACAACACAAAUCUAUCGAUUCUAUCAGUAUCCGCCGUGUUGAAUUCUCCUCGGAUCUUGCUGUCUCACCGAUUAUACCUAUUGAAAGCCAACCGCAGUCUGGCUGGGGAGAGUGGCCCAACGACCCCAAGGAUGACUGUGUAAUAUACAUGGAACAAUUGAUAGCUGAUCAGUUCACUUUCAACAAAGGGAUGUGGCCAGCUGGUGUCACAACCGAGCCUUUGCUAAAUAAGCCUAAAGCUCGUGGUCAUCGAAAGGGCAUGUUUCCGACUCGGGUUAAGCAAUCUCUCAAACCAAAGAAGGUCAUCAAGAAGGAGACGUCCUCAAGGAAGCAAAGGCGCAUCUGUUCGUACUUUACACGUUCAAGUGUCGCCAGUUUCACCAACGAACAGCUCUCGGAAAUGGAUGCUCCCGACACAUCUCACCAUCAACAUCAGCCUGAUCAGGCACCACCACUCGAUGAUGAUCAUCCAACUGAUAAGGAUGUGGAUGCAAUGGAGACAGAUGAGCAACCAUCCAGCCAGUCACCUAUCAUAAGUCAGUAUGCAGUUUAUCUACAACGUCAGGCUUCUGUAAGCCUGAACACUCCUCUUCAAAUGACUCCAAACGACUCGCGCCCACGCACCCCUACUCCUUUCAGCUUCCCUGGUCGUGUGGAAACCAUCCACACACCAACUGUCCACGGCCUUUCCGACCACAACCACACCCCCAUCCACACAUCCCCUGACCACAACCCAGACUCUGAGAUGAUCCCUCCUGACGAGAAUACCACCAACACGAUUCCUGAGGACGACAUCCAGACAACUCCUGCUCCGGAGGAACCUAACCAGCCCAUCGUUCCACCUCAUCCUCACAGACACCCCAACAGCCCCGAGAUUCAUCACAUUCUAUGUCAUGGUCUCAGGAUAUAUGAUCCCAUCUCCCCAGACCCACCUCUUUCCAACCCACCAAUAUUCGACUCUACAAUUGGUCCAUCUUCUGCGCCAGAUAUUCCGUUACGAUUGUCACCACUGCCUUUUACACCACUUACCUCAGCGGCUAAGCGUAAUGAUAGUGGUUUAGGUUUCCUCUCUCACACAGCCACACCCAAUGCUUUUGCAGCCACAGCUUUAACCUCUCCACCAGUGAUAGGACGUCCAACAAUCGUACCUUCACCAGCUGAUGAGUCUCAGGGUGAUGAUGAGGCAGUUAUCGACCUCACACAGACAAAAGACCCCCUGAGGCACGUUCCAUGUAUGGAAGAGAACCAUCUGGCCAAAGAAUUAUUCAGUUCUCCACUUGUUCCUGCUAUAGCCCUCAUCAGCCCACUCCCACAGAUGGAAUGGGACCUGUUUGAGAAAAUUCUUAAAACAAACAUUAACGUAUACCAUACUACCCGGUUUGAAUUUGAAUUUUCCAACAAAUCUCUUCUCCAAUUAGCAGAACCAAAGCAAUGGACAACAACCUAUCAAAUGGAAUUGCUUGUUCACAUGCUUUCCGCGCGACACUCAGACAUACUACAAAGGGAACAUGCAGCCUUCGCCCCACCCUUUCUAGCAAAAAUUAUUCAGGACAACCAUGUCGAUUUCAGCAAGUCUAGAAAGAAAAACACUUUCGUCUGGGAUGCUAAUUUGGUCGACAUUGUUCUCCUUCCCGGUCAGAAGUGGAUGGAAGAUGUCCACACAAUCUACACUCCUAUGCUCUGGAACGACUCUCACUGGGUGGGCCUAGCAAUCAACCUAGACUUGGGGUUGGUUGAAAUACUUGAUCAUAUUCCUUCUUUAUACGGCGUCAGGCGAGUCGCGAAGUUCAUGAAGCCUUUGGUCGAUUCUCUUCCUUACGUUGUCAAGAAAGUCGCUAUGUGUGAGCAUACCCAAUUCCGUGGACUGAAGCCGUUUAUGUGGAAACGCAUUCCAGACCUGUACACAAACACUCGCUAUGGUGACUGCGGACCUGUCAGUAUGAAGUUCCUAGAGAUGCACGCCCAUGGUGACCCACCCCCUCAGAUGAGCAGCAUCACAGAUUGCAUUGUGGACAACAUACGCAAGCAGUAUGCGAUGGACAUCUACAAGACCAUUGUCUUGCCUUCUUAUUAUGCUGCACGCUUCACUGAUGCUUAG